ACUGCUCUCUGCCCUUGACCUUAGACGUCACGAUGCCUGGCCCUUGGCUGCUGUUGGCUCUGGCUUUGAUCUUCACCCUCACUGGCAUCCCCAAAUCCUGUGCAUUGCCGGAGGCAGCCCAAGAGGACAGUGCAGUUCCUCCCGACCUUCCUGGCCUAGGAAAUGUCCAGAUCUGGCCAGAACGUCGAUUCUUGCAGAAAGAUCUUCAGCGGGUGCGAGGGGACCUGGGUGCAGCCUUAGACUCCUGGAUCAUGAAGCGCCAGCAUCCUGGCAAAAGGCAGGAAGAAGAAGAACUUGAAGCUGAAGAGGCAGGGGACAUGAGAGACGGGGGAGCCUGGAGGCCCCACAAACGACAGCACCCCGGGCGACGCGCCAAUCAGGACAAACAUUCAUGGGUAGAUGAGGAGGAGGGCGACUCGCUGCCACCGUCCUGGCUACCAGACUUCAUUCUGGAUUCCUGGUUCUUAGACGACCCCCAAGUCAAGCGGCAGCACCCCGGCCGGCGAUCCUUCCCCUGGAUUGAGUCUGAUGUCACCAAAAGGCAGCAUCCAGGCCGGAGGUUCAUAGAUCCUAAGCUCCAAAGAAGCUGGGAGGAACGAGAAGAGGGAGAGGGUGCCCCAACGCCUGAGAAACGCCAACAUCCUGGCAAAAGGGCGUUGGGUAACCCCUGUGGGCCCCAGGGGACUUGUGGCCAAACAGGCCUGCUCCAGCUCCUAGGUGGCCUGAGCAAGGGCCAGGAGACUCUGGAGAAACAAAGCCCACAGCUGGAAGCCUGGGACGGGGGACCUGUGUUGGAGGAGUAAACCCAGAGUUGGGCUUUAGGUCUAGGGUG